GGCGGACCGCGCCCACAUCGCCGCCGAACAAAAGCGGCAAGAAGAAGCCGCCCAAAAGGCACGGGCCGCCGCCCUUCAGGCCGAAGCCGAGGCCAGAGAGGCGGCCAAGCGGCCGGCAAGACCUCGAAAACUUGUGCCGGCCGCAACGGCCGUCACGGCUCUGUCCCAGGAAUGGGACUCCAAAGUUGACGUCGCCAUGGCGACGGAGUCUCUCGACGCCGUCCUCGCGCAGACGUCAACCGGGGGCCAAAUUACGCGAAGAGACCUCGGCACCAUCCUCCCAGGCCUACGCGAUCGCUUGGGAGGAUGGUUGAACGAUGAGGCCGUCAAUGCCUAUAUUCAGUCGGUUGUUGACUAUGGUCAACAAGAGCGUGGGGACGGGAUUUCUCGGCGCGGUGAGACCCCUCAGGUACAUGCCUUCAACACAUACUUCUACAAGAAUCUUCGCGAAAGGGGGGUCCAAAGCAUCCUGCGAUGGUCGAAACGGGCGAAAAUAGGAGGGAAAUCUCUACUUAAGGUUGAGAAGGUUUUUAUUCCCGUGCACGAGCAUAGCCAUUGGACGUUAAUUGUGGUAAGCCCGAAAGAUAGGACCAUAGAAUAUUUUGAUUCUAUGAAUGGUAAACCCGAUCGCUUUAUCAAGAAUGUUAAAAAGUGGCUCAAGGAGGAGUUGGGCGACAAGUGGGAUGAGGACGAGUGGGAAGUCCCAGCAGUUGUGGGACCACAGCAAGAAAAUGGUAUUGACUGUGGGGUUUUCGUUUCAACAACCGCGAAGAUGAUUAUGCUGGGUAUCGAUCCAAUGUCCUAUUCACAGAGGAACAUUCCAGCACAACGGCGAAGAAUGGUCGCAGAACUUUUGAAUGGUGGAUUUUCGGGUGAUUUUGCACCGCAGCCUUUGGAGUAGAGGGUUGAAUGGUCGACGAGAAAUGGUCACGUGGAUCUUUGGGGUUGGUGGAUUUCUUCUUGAUUUUCUCUUUGUAUGAGCUCGCUAUGGUUAUUUGGCGUUUGUCGUUUGAUGCUGUUCUCUGUUGUUUUCCAAUGCUUCUUUUGCCCUGCCCUUUCAUGAUGCGUUGAAAAGCAAUGAUGAUUCCGCAUCGCAGUGGCGUUUUCUGUUUUGUUUUUCAACUUCUCGUUUUUUUCAACAUUCAUUGAUCCGAACUCGCGUGGCGUUAUUGCUGGGGGUUUACAUUUCUACUUGUUGGCGCUUUGUCUCUAUGGUUUUGAUUCAUACCGUUUUCCUACCAUUUUUCCGAUCGGCAAACUGCUUCCCAGCGCAUUGAAGACCCAUAGC